GAUGAAGCGAGCUUACCCUACAGCGACAGAGCCGGUUGUUAGUCUUGUCUUUUUGAUGAAUCUCAAACCAGCCAAAAAUAAAUAAAAAAUAUUUAUGUACAACUUUUUCAGAAAGUCAAGACUCGGGAGACUUCGCAUAAGCCAAAAUACAAUAACUUGCGUGUAUAAACAGUGGUUUUGGAUGGAAAGGCCAAAGUACACAAAACAGGAGAAGGAGAAGGGUUUUUCUCUAUAGAAAUCCCCGUGAAACCUUUUUCAUUGCUUCAGUGUAAGGACUACAGGACAAGCAACACCAACAUAACAGGACUGCUGCUUUCCUAGAAACUUUGAAAGUCAUGUAUGGACUAUCAAUGGCAGGGACGUUUGCUUCCAAGGACAGGGGCUGCCGGAAAUGCUUGUUUUUGCUGUUCCUGUCGGCAGUUACAGUAUGCCAAGGAAACUCGUGGGACACCGUAAUCCGGGGGGAAAUUGGAAAAACAGUGACUCUUCCUUGCAACCAUACGGCAGUUCAGAAAGAAAGACAGGAAAAUGUGAUGAUAUACUGGCAGACUGACGAUGAUGACGUGGUCCAUGAGUUCAGUAAGGGAAAAGAAGAGUUGCAGCAUCUGGGCGAAGCAUAUAAGAACAGGACAAGAAUAUUUCCAGAUGAGUUGGGAAAAGGGAAUUUCUCUGUACAGAUAGCCCCAGUUAGACACACAGAUGCCAAUAUUUAUAUCUGCUACUUUAAUAACGCCGGAGGCUCCAUGUCAAACCCAUGCAUUAUUAAACUGGAAGUCACAGCAAGUUUUACAGACCCAUUAAUAAACCUAGGCCCUUGCUGGAAAAGUGGGGAACAAGUAGAAAGAAAUGUAAGUUGCAUUUCAAAUGGAGGAUAUCCAAAGCCUCAAGUACAUUGGAGCAUACAGAAUGGAGAAACCCUUGUGCAUCUGCAGGGACAGACGAACUUUACACAGGAUCCUGACAGUGGGCUCUACAUUAUUGACAGUCAGGUGACUGUCAACUUUACUGAAGGGCUUACCAUCAGCUGCUCCAUUGAGAACAAGAAAACAGGAGAGAACAAAACAUCAUCUUUACAAGGCUGUCUAAUCACAGUUCCUCCUGGCUUCCCAGGAAGCAUUUUGGCUGGUGUAGCAGGAGUCGUAAUUGUUUUGGUGAUAGCGGGAUGCAUCAAGGUUUACAGCAAAAGAAACCAAAGAAAUGAACAACAAAAUGCAGCCUCAAGUGAAGUGACAGGAAACCCAAAUACAAGUCAGUUAAAUGCAAUUUCAGGCAAGCAGUCAAGUUGUACUGUUGCAAUACAUGAAUCGGGAGAGGAAGGGAACGAGGAACGACUUCCACUGAACAAAACAGAGAAUAACCAAGUGGACUCAGCGACAUUAAGUACAGGAGUUGACAUGUUUCCUGCAUAAAAUGGACCAAUCUUAUGCUGGUUAGGUGGUAUGGUGUGCUAAGUCAUUAGUCUCGCUGGAGGUGUAAGUUCAAAGUCAGAUCAGAUCAGUGAAUUGACUGGUGAUCGCAGCCUGAUCCCGUGGACAUCACAAAACCACCACACUAUUAGGCCCAGGACUGAAUGGCAGGAGGUGUUCAGGUCAGGACUGGGGUGGACUGGAAACAUUGUGCCACUGUCCUUCCACUUUCAUGAGCACAGCAUUUGCCAAAUAUAGAAGAAAUUAAGGAGAUUAAGUAAGGAUUGGACAUUUCUCUCUACGCAUGAGAGAAGACAAAGCAGAUCACAUGUUUGUCUUUAUACCUGACUGCUGUUCACCUUUCUGGCUGGUGGAUAGUCAUGUCUAUGUAGAACUUUAAGAAAACCACCUGAGGACUGAAAUAAGAGUUUUAAGAUCUAAACAUCUUGAAAAGAGUCUGAGUGGUGCGGUAAAGUCUCUCUGGGCCUUGAUUUUGCAAUUCAUUUAUUAAUUUAUUACCUUCAUGCCAAGACUGUUAGACAGUUAUUAAGGCAGAAAGAGAGGCCACCAAAACCUGCACUCAAUGAUGUACUGUGCAGUCAGUUUUAUCGGUAGAACUUGAUUAAGAAUGACUGCAAGGCUUAAGGUGAUGCAAUGACAGUCUUUAACUUAAUUUAGUUGUGAAAUUGGCAUGACCAAUAACAAUUAAGUAAACAAAACUAGUCAAUACACUGAAGCCUCCAAGCUAUUUUGUUGUUACUGACCAAAUUCUAGUUUCAACUUUUCCACAUUUCUUUUUGGAUUUCCUUCAGAAGUCUGUGGUGAAGUAAUUUACAAUAAUGCCUGACUCCUGGGCUAGUCAUAUUUAUAUUUAAGGUGACCAGACCACUUUUGGAACACUGGUCUCGGUGUCCCCAGAACCUUUGUUUGGACACUCAUUUGGUCCAGUUUUUCCUCCAGAGCAUCAUCGCGCUGGUAACAGAAAUUACAGAAUAUUGUAUUCUCAUGUAGGCUGCUGUGUUUCUACCAUAUCUAACUUAUUACAGUGCAGUAUUACAACACUUGAAUGACCAGUAGCAUUAAAAGUACAGCGCGUGCAAUAGUUUCAGGUCUCCUGGUGCCAAUUUAAUUUCUUUAAACAAUAUUUACAUAUGUGUAAAUAUUAUGUAAAUAA